GCGCUGUCAAGCUGCAUCCCACCACAUUGACAGCCAGCUGUCACGCACUGUGCUUUGUUCGUGGUAGACGAGAAUCGCCCUUUCAUUAUCGCUUCGCUGCGGAAGGCAGUCAUUAUGGCUACCGUAACAGGAAAAAAAGGAAAGAAAGCGAAAAAAAAUAACAAGCUGUCCCUGGGUGAGUUUCUUACCGAUGGGAACACGGCCGAUCGGAACCAGGUACAGGUAGCGGUGCCAGUAAAGCUGGACUGGGGUGACGAUUGUGAUGACGAUGAUGAUGAUCGGGUGGUCCGGACGCAGGUGAUCGCCCUGCCGACGGCACCCCGUGCGAGCCGCAUCUUGAAUGAUGACUCGAUUCCACAAAACCCUCCGUACUCGAUCUACGUGUCCAACCUUCCGUACGACAUCAACGAGAACGAUCUGUACGAAAUCUUCGAUCACGUGGAGAUCGUCGCGAUGACGUUGCCGCGGGACGAUAGCGAAACCUGGCGACUGCGCGGCUUCGGUAACAUCGAAUUUGCCACCCGAAACGAUCUGAUGUCGGUGCUGGCGAUGCCGGAACCGAUGGUACACAACAGGCGCAUUCGUAUCGGGCUGUACAAUGAGAACGAUACGAAGCGUCGCAAUAAUCGGUACGAUAACUUCUCCGGCGACAGCGAGCGUCCGUCGUCCGGCGGGAACUGGCGCGACCGGCCGGAAUCGGCAUCGCGACCGAUGAUGGACCGUGACCGUGAUGGGGGCGGUAUGCGCCGUCCGUACAGCAGUGGUGGAUAUGGACGUGAUCGGGAGGACCGUGACCGUCCGUCUGGCGAUUCCGGCGGUGGUAACUGGCGCACGACUGACAGACCGGCACCGCAAUCACCGCGUGCACCCCGUAACUACGACCGUGACCGUGAUCGUGACCGUGACAGUAGCAAUGGUUUCCGUCGCGGACCGGACAGUCGCGGUACCGUCGGUAACGGUGGUAUGCGCCGGGAACAGGAGGUACCGAUGGAGCGACCGAAGCUGGUGUUGCAACCGCGCACCCUGCCCCUGCCAGAGCUGCCGAAACCGCGCGCCACCGAUUCGGACGAUGAGUCCGAGCGGCACGCGGGCAAUAAUGGUAAGUAUGAGGAGCCGGUGGAGGAACCGCCGAAACCGAAACCGACUCCCGUACCGGCUGCCAAGGUGUUCGGCGAUGCGAAACCGGUCGAUACUGCGGCACGCGAGCGGGAAAUUGAGGAACGAUUGCAGCAGGAAGAGUUGCUGCGGCGCAAAAAGGAGGAAGCGGCUGCCGCGGAGGAAAAGAUUAAACGGGACGCGGAAAAUCUAGACACGACCACGGACGACGGUGGCGAUAAUAAGCCGGCUGCUAGCACCAGACCGGGAAGCGCCAGCCGUAGCAGCACCGAGCAACAGCAGCAGCAGCAGCAACCGAUCGCCAACUGGCGCGUACGCAGUGGCACCGAGGAGGAGAAAGGUAAAGCUAGCGAAGAGCGUAUCCUUUCGCCCUCGCGGAGGUUUAGUCCUAGCGGAAGGUAUAACAGUAACAGACGCACUGCGGAAGAUCGUCGAACAGACAAUCGUGAUCAGCGGGAUAAUCGUGGUAUGAAUCGCCCAACAUAUAGUAAUGGAGUUCACAAUCGCGAUCAUGAUCGGAUGGAUCGUGGUGGUGGACGUGAUCGCACCCAGCCGUCCCGUGACAUAUAUCGCAAUGGGGAAACGAAGGAUCGCCGCGAUGCCCCGAAAACGGCCGAAAAGGAAAAGGAACGCGAGCCGAAAAUAUUAGAAGAACGUAUGCCGAAAUUUCAAGAACCAACCGGACCGAACGUACAAGUCAAGAACACCUUUGAAGGGUUAUCAGCGGACGAAAUUGAUGACUGAAACAAUACCAAAACCACCACAACCAUCACUAGUUGACCUCCCGCUGAAGGAAGAAGAGCUACUAGCUAAAGGAAAACGAAGAUUUUGCAACUGCAAAACAAACACACAUACACACACACACAUAAACGCGCGCGCGUACAUUCAGUCUGGGUGGAUCGUUGGAUUGGAUCUGAUGGGAAGCGCCUUCCGGCUGGGCUUUCUAUUACUCUUUUUUAUUGUUUGGAUAUAUUAGAGCAUCCGUGGUAGUGUUUUUUCUUUUCUUCCUCCGCCCCCCUCCCUUUCUCUCUCUCUCUCUCUCUUUCUCUCUCUCGUAUGAGCUAACGUGGUGGGCAUUGUUGCAUUUCUUCCCUCUCUCCACCACCCAACCCUCCCUCCCGUACUCCCCAUGACGGGAUUCAUCUAUUAUAACAAAAGAGCGAAGAAGAAAAAAAAACAUAAGGUUACACAAUUAGUUAUGAAACACUUACAUGCGUACAGGAAAUGCGAUUUAAUGAACAUUCUGCUUUAUAAGGAAACGAAAAUUAAUAAAUGUCAGGACACUUUCUCCGCAAAACAAACAAACAAACAAGACAAAAAAAACAAACGAAAACACCCCGGAGAGGGCUAAGACUGAUGGCGUGGAAUUGCUGUACAAUGGUGCGCACGCGGUGGGGUGACGGCAACCGAAGGAAAACUCAUCAGAACUCAGCAGAGAGUAAGCGGGCGAACGAGUAGGGAGGGAGGGAGAGAAAGAGAGAGAGAGAAAGAGGGAGGGGAUAGAAAAGAUUAGCUAAAAUACAGUAAAAGGGUGCGCCUUAAAACGCUUUAGUGUAGGACAAUUUGAAUAACCGAUAAAAACCGGAAGGCGCUCAAACUCUAUCUCUCUCCCCUCCCCCCCCCCAUCUCCUCCCAUCCUACUUCCCUUCUUCACGCUGAGCAUUCCCAAUUUAUGUCAAUCCCAUUAAAACAAACAAAGUGAAGAGAAGAAGCAGAUGAAAAGAACAAUACGCUACUCAAAAAAUGUUCAUUAGUAAUUAUUUGUUUGAUAUUUAACACCAACAACAUAAAAAAAAAGUAUGUCCGCCUGUAAAAGUUA